GGUGCUAUCUACAUUCUGGGGACAUCGAUCGUGGCCUUAAAACUUUUGAAGACUACAUGAGUUCAGGGAAGCCGACUAUAGUGGAACUAUAUGUGACACUUGUAGAGGGAGCCAUGGUUGGGCAUACUCCCAAGGGAAUGCAACUUGCUCAAGACACGCUGGUAAACAUGAAUUCCAGGGACUUCUUCUUGAGCCCAAAAAUGGGGAGUGAUCUCCUCCUUUUAGCUUCUGGUGAAAAAAUUGGUGGAUAUACUACUGCUAACUAUAUAUGGGAUCUGAUGCAAGCUGGAAACUUUAUUCCUUCACCUCCUGCUGUGGAAGCAUAUUACAAGGGCUUAAAAGAACGUGAAAUACCUGAAGAUGAUCCACGACUGUUGCUGGUUUCUAAGACUUACGACAACCUUCGCCAAAGAUCUGGACCAGGACCUCGACGACCUUAGUUGGAUGAUAACAAAAGAUUCCUUGGAGAGUCUUUGGCAUGGAUUUUUUGGUUAUAUUAGUUAUGUUUUGAUGCAAGAGAUACAACUACAAGGAUUUGUGCAGGCCUAAUCCUCUGUUGUAUCAAAGAUCAUGUAGAAUUUAUAAUGGUCUCUGUAUUGUUCUUAGCUUCAUACACAGUUUUAAUCAAGUUUUAGAAUGAGAAACAUGAGGAAUAAGGACAUUGUAGUAUUUUGAUAUUUCUUCAAGUAAAGCAUCAAUGUGUUGGCUGCUUCUUA